UCGGAGUUAAAAAUUUCGUGUGACUAUGUAUCUACGGUUUCUGGAUCCCCUUUUCAGACGCCACUGCCAUACAGCAUUGCUUUCCAACACUGCCACUCUCUAUGUGAAUAAAUGCUCAGGUAGAUCGACUGGUUUCGUUUGCAUUACGACCGGAAAUACCGUGAGUGACUGUUCUUGUGGCUUCCCCGCACAAAUAUCAACCUAAUACAGUGUAAUAAUGUCGACAAAACCAAGUCCGCAGCGGCAACAGUCCGAGGACGUUCAGAUCUCGAUGGCCAGUUCCGGAGGAGGAGUCGGCAGUGACGUUCCGGACAGACUGCCUCCGAUCAGCGUUAAGGACCAGCGCUUCCCCUACUGCAUCGUUUGGACUCCAAUUCCGGUUCUCACCUGGCUGUUGCCCAUGAUCGGACAUAUGGGUAUUUGCACUUCGUCCGGUGUGAUUCGUGACUUCGCCGGCCCCUACUUCGUAUCAGAGGACAACAUGGCGUUUGGAAGACCCACUCGGUACUUAAGGUUGCACCCCAAGCACAUGGUGGGCGGCAAUUACGCCUGGGACGAGGCGGUCUCCAAAGCAUCUGUGCUCUACGGCACCCGCAUGCACAAUAUCUUCUGUGACAACUGCCACUCGCAUGUGGCCACGGCACUCAUCUACAUGCGCUACUACGACAGCACCGCAUGGAACAUGAUUAUCCUCAGCAUGUGGCUCUUUGUCUGCGGCCGAUACGUCGGAAUAGGGGGUUUUAUUAAGACCUGGCUGCCAUUUGCCAUUCUCCUGUCCAUCUUCACCAUUCUGGGCAUCUAUUUUUAAUAUCUAUAUCUAUAUCAAAUGCUAUCAAUGUACAAAUCUAUGUAUGUAUGAUGUCCAAUAAAGGAUUCAUUAAUUUAUGUA